UUAGCAAGAGGCGGGUCCUAAUUGACUGGUAGCUGCAAGCGAUGGGGUUAAGCGCGACGCUGCGGCUCCGGCCUAGGCACCAUCUCUAAGCUCCGAAGCAGCCCUUUGGACCUGCGGCCACAGCCUCACGCCAUGGAUCGCCAUCUCUGCACUUGUCGCGAGACCCAGCUCCGGAGUGGCCUCCUGUUCCCCCUGCUUCUACUAAUGAUGCUGGCAGACCUGGCGCUCCCGGCCCAACGUCACCCCCCGGUGGUGCUAGUGCCUGGUGAUUUGGGUAACCAGUUGGAAGCAAAGCUGGAUAAGCCAAAGGUUGUACACUACCUUUGCUCCAAGAGGACAGACAGCUACUUUACACUCUGGCUGAAUCUCGAACUGCUUCUGCCUGUUAUCAUUGACUGCUGGAUUGACAAUAUCAGAUUGGUUUACAACAGAACAUCUCGGGCCACUCAGUUCCCUGACGGUGUAGAUGUGCGUGUCCCUGGCUUUGGGGAAACAUUUUCUAUGGAAUUCCUAGACCCCAGCAAAAGGAAUGUGGGUUCCUAUUUCUACACUAUGGUAGAGAGCCUUGUGGGCUGGGGCUACACACGGGGUGAAGACGUCCGAGGUGCUCCCUACGAUUGGCGCCGAGCCCCAAAUGAAAAUGGGCCCUACUUCUUGGCCCUCCGAGAGAUGAUCGAGGAGAUGUACCAGAUGUAUGGGGGCCCCGUGGUGCUGGUCGCCCACAGCAUGGGCAACAUGUACGUGCUCUACUUUCUGCAGCGGCAACCACAGGCCUGGAAGGACAAGUAUAUCCAUGCCUUCGUCUCACUGGGUGCACCCUGGGGGGGCGUGGCCAAGACCCUGCGUGUCCUGGCCUCAGGAGACAACAAUCGCAUCCCUGUCAUUGGGCCACUGAAGAUCCGGGAACAGCAGCGAUCUGCUGUCUCCACCAGCUGGCUACUGCCAUACAACCACACGUGGUCACAUGAAAAGGUAUUUGUGUACACACCCACAACUAACUACACACUCCGGGACUAUCACCGGUUCUUCCAGGACAUCGGCUUUGAAGAUGGCUGGUUCAUGAGGCAGGACACAGAAGGACUGGUCGAAGCCCUGACGCCUCCUGGUGUGGAGCUGCACUGUUUGUAUGGGACUGGUGUUCCCACGCCAAACUCUUUCUACUAUGAGAGCUUUCCUGAUCGUGACCCCAAAAUCUACUUCGGCGAUGGCGAUGGCACAGUGAACUUGGAGAGUGUCCUGCAGUGCCAAGCCUGGCAGAGCCGCCAAGAGCACAGAGUAUCAUUGCAGGAGCUGCCAGGAAGUGAACACAUUGAGAUGUUGGCCAAUGCCACUACCUUGGCUUAUCUGAAGCGUGUGCUUCUGGAACCUUGAUUUCCUACGCCAGGCAGGGCUGCUGGAUGGCUGGACCACGGAGCUUCUCUUGGCCUCUUGACUCUUUCGUGGUCUCCAAGCUUGGCAGAGUUUGUGAGCAUCAUUCAAGGUCCUAAGUCUUAGGAGGCAUCUGCCUCCGGGGAAUGCUAUUUCUCAACCUUCUUAUGUAGAAUGGCAGUGAAGAAGGAAGAAGUGGGUGUGGACUCGGACAUUUGAGGGAAAGAACGCUGCUGCUGCUGGUGAAUUGUAACCUCACGCCGGCUCUGGAGGCUGGAUUGUGUGGCUCCUUACCCACCUCAGUCUCUAACUUGGGCCGUGCAAUCCUCUUAGCUCUCUGGUCUUUCUACUCUAGCUCACUGGACCCUAACCUUCCCGUGAGGGAUGUUAGUUACUGAGCUGAUGUCCUGCCAUGAAAAGUUCCACAGAGAUCCUCUGGUGACCUUCCCACACACUGGCCUCAGGUAGCCUACUACACUGGCCAUAGGUGGCUAGAACUGCUGGCUUCCCUGUGACCUCGCUGGUAGACAUUCUGAGUGUGGGGUCUCCUGGGGGCAAUCGGGUAAGCCCCUGCAGGCAGGGCAGUUGGUUGUGUUCUCUCUGGUUCCUCCAGGUUGGAUUCUUUACAGCCCGUUCCUACCUCUCAUUUAGCAGUAUCCUCAUUCUGGACUGAACAGCAGAGGACCUCUCAGUUCUGGGGGGCCAUGUCCUAGGAUUCCUGAUCUCCCUGCUCGUGACGUAGAUUCCAGUACUGAAGCUGGCUCUGUUGGUUCUGGGACUAUAGUUUAAGGGGGAGCAGGGCCUAAUGUCAUGCCUUCUCAUAAGGUUCCUAGAAGAACGUGAGCUCAAGGGAACAACCAUGGUUGCUUACAGCUUCCCAUGAGCCACCUUAAGAACUCCACCACCGUGGUGCACCCUGCUGUAGGGUCUUUCUACCAUCUACUUGGGCUGGCGCAGGGUUGAGAGGUGAUAGAGUUCCUGACCAACACUUGCUACCACCAGGCAGCCGAAUGGGUUUUGGUUUGCAGGAAACAGUCCAGAGCUUUGAAAGAGCUCCCAAGAGAGCUAGGGACUUAGAGUCUCAGCUAGGGUGGGUUUGUUUGUUUGCCCCGGGGGAUGCCACAUGGUCUCUGUGUGACAGCAGGGAUGGGGAAUCUGGGCCUGCCUUAGGGACAGUGGACCUGACUAUAAGCUUGGGUCAGCUUUUAAGUUGGGUCUCAAAACCACCUGGAGGUUGGACCACACUGCCUUCCCAUAUCGUUUCUGGCACUGGACUUCCUUGUUAAGCACAUUCCUGUCAUCUAUCCCUCACCUGAGUGGUGGGACCCCCACUUGGGGCCCUGAGCAAGCUGUACCUCGAUUUUGGCAAUAAAAGUAUUCUGGAUGCUGUAA